ACAUGGCUGCUGCCACAGGGGAGUUUGUGCCUCUGAGCAGGAUGAGGGACAGUGAUGGAGGCGGCAAUUCCACACCUUGCCUCCUACGAACACCUGAAGCUGCCCUUCUUCAACAGGGUGCCUUCCAUAUGUUUUGGGUUACAAUUCCCAGCCAGCACAGCCGCCCAAACAUCUGGAGGGCAGCUGGCAGUGGGAAGUUUGGAAUAAAUGGCAACCCCUUCUAAAGGUGGGACAGAAUAAAGCAGCCGUGGCAGAGCCUCUUGGAAGCAAAGAGGCCUAGUGGCCCCUUCGAAGCCUGAGAGGUGGUUCCUCACGGCCUGAGCUUUUGUGGACAAGAGUCCCCUUCAUCAGACCCACAAAGUGCUGUUCUCAGUUAUCGGCUGUACAAAUACGCACAUUGUUCUAGAAAGGGAAAGAAUGGAAGUAGUGGGGGCAGGAGGCCAUGAAAGGCGAGAGGCUUGUGAAUUCAUAGCCAUUUGGCCUCACACUUUACCAUUCUCUCUCUCCUCCUCCCCUGCCAAUUCAACAUGCCAACUGAAGAUAUCCAAAUCUGCCUCCCAAAAGCCUCAGCCAUAUUUACUCUCUUAAGUCUGAGACGCCACGAGACAGAACUGUUUUAUUUUUACCGAAGGAAAGAUAAAUGGGAAAGCUGGGUUAACCUGGGGUUACAAAACUGCAAGAGAAAAAUCUGCAAAUGGCUGGCCAAAGGCAACAACAGGAAAGAACAAAUGUCAGGAGGCACCACAUUUGCCUAUUAUAUAAACUCUUGCCAGUCUCGGCCAGCCAAAGUUUCACAAGGGCUGGCCAGGUCUCACCAGUGCCCCUGACCCACACAGUUGCUGGAGGGAAGGCAGUGAGGCACAUGCAGUCUAAGAGAGGUGUGCCAAGAGCCAUCGCAAAGUUUCCAAGUACGUUUGGGGCAUGUGCAAAGUUGGCAAGCUGAGCAAUCCUUCGCAGCCAGGCUGCAAGGGGUCUCCUAUGCAGUCAGGCUAGGGGAGGUACUUUGCCUGAGGCCUCCUUGUCAGAGUGUACCAUGCUGGGUUCAGUGCUCUGACUCUGUAGGAGGCAUCUGUACAAGCUGAUAUAUAGGCAAAGGUAAUACAGUUAUCUGAGAUUCUGUAACCUGCAGAAUAAAGCGGUAAGAUCACUACAUUCCCUAUACAGAGAAAGCCCAGAGUGGGGCACAAUUCUGUCUGCUUUGCAUCCACUUGUGUACUUUGCUCAGAGGUCAGUCUCUCUCUUUGUAUUUUGCAGCAUGUUAAACAGCCAUGGUCAGGGCAGCCAGCAAGUUGACUGAGACUGUGUAGGGGGACAAGUGGGGGGUGAGGGAGAGAGAUGUGUGCUUGCUGUGAGGGAAGCGGCCCCGUCAAGGAAACAUAUGCUUCACACAAUUUUUAUGAAGCUUUGAAGCCAUUUGCUGAUAAUACCAACAGUUCCUGCUUCAUGCUCACACCAGUUGGUGCUGCCCAGCUUACACUGGGCUCCGCUGGGCACUGAAUUUCCGCUGAUACAAAAAGUGCCACUGAUUUUUGAUGUGGUAUACCUUUCUUUGUUUUCUGAGCCAGAAAGUGGUUAUACAUUGGUGUAGAGCAAACACUUGCAGCUGACUGCCCUGAACUGCCACGAUAUGCAUAAGCUUCCUGCAAACAGAUGUCCCAUUUUUGGUUGGCUUUCGGCCUGCAGACAAACAGUGAGGAAUGCAAAGCUUUUAGAAGGGGUCUUGCUGAAAGCUGCAUUUGUGGCUCCAAGCUGUAGUCAUAUGGAUAGGAAUCUCUGGCAUCAGAUGGUUUUGAUUACUCCGGAAAUGUCAGUCAGUCAGUAAGAUUUCCUCCUUACUUGAGGGUAGCUUUUUCAAAUUCCAGUGCCAACCAAACUCCUUUGGGUGCCCUUUGAUUGAGAACAAGGCUUUCAAUACUGGGACAAGUCACGUCUCCUCUGCCACCCAUUCCUGGAAGGGUUGGGGCCAAGAGUCCCAAGCAGCUCAGUGGGGCUGUUCUGUGCACAGAGUCUGCUAAUAAUUUCCCCACAUCCCGCCCUCUCGCCCUCCCUCCUACAAAUAGUGUGCUCCAUCGGAAAGGCUGCUGCUUUCUAGACCAGAGGCAGUGUCUGGAGGGACAGAGCAGAGUCCAGGAUGGGGAGCUCAGCUGGGGCUGCAGUUGUCCUCUUUCUUGUCCUCUGGCAACCAGCAGGUGCCUUCUGGCUUUUCAAUGUGCUCUUCCCACCCAGUACCACCCCAGAAGCAGCUCUCUCCAACAACACUCCCCCUGUGGUGCUUGUGCCUGGUUGCCUGGGAAACCAACUAGAGGCCAAGCUGGACAAGCCAGAUGUGGUGAACUGGAUGUGCUACCGCCAGACAGAUGACUUCUUCACCAUCUGGCUGAACCUCAACAUGUUCCUGCCUCUUGGGGUUGACUGUUGGAUUGACAAUACCAAAGUGAUCUACAACAGGACAACUCGGAGGGUGUCCAAUGCUCCUGGAGUCCAAAUCAGAGUCCCUGGGUUUGGCAAAACCCACUCAGUGGAAUACCUGGACAGGAGCAAACUGGCAGGGUACAUGCACACACUGGUGCAGCACCUGGUCAACAAUGGCUAUGUGCGAGACCAAACCGUGCGCGCCGCCCCCUAUGACUGGAGGAUCGGGCCUGAUCAGCAAGAGGAAUACUUCUGCGACCUGCGCAGCCUGGUGGAGGAAAUGCGUAAGGCCUACAAGAAGCCUGUCUUCCUCAUUGGACACAGCCUGGGAAACCUGAACAUCCUCUAUUUCCUCCUCCAGCAGUCCCAGGCCUGGAAAAGUCAGAACAUCCGGGGCUUCAUCUCCCUGGGGGCUCCUUGGGGGGGAGCAGUGAAGCCCAUAAGGGUCCUGGCCUCAGGUGAUGACCAGGGCAUCCCCAUUAUGUCCAGCAUCAAAUUGCGUGAGGAGAAGCGCAUGACCACGGCCAGCCCCUGGAUGUUCCCAGACACAAUUGCGUGGCCAGAGACCCAUGCCUUCAUCUCCACCCCAUCCUACAACUACACCUACCGGGACUACCAACGCCUCUUCACUGACAUUAACUUUGAGGAUGGCUGGUACAUGUGGAACGACACCAAGGACCUGCUGAAGGGGCUGCCUGCCCCAGGGGUUGAGGUGUAUUGCAUCUAUGGCACGGGUUUUCCCACUGUGGAAACCUACAUUUACAAUGACCGCUUCCCCUACGAGGAUCCCAUCGACUUCGUGUAUGGGGAUGGGGAUGACAGCGUUAGCCGCCGCAGCCUAGAACUCUGCAAGCGAUGGCAUGGCCAGCAGGAACAGAAGGUGCAUGUGGUGGAGAUGCCUGGCGUCGAGCAUCUCAACAUGGUCUUUGACAACCGCACCCUCAACUACAUCAAUGAAAUCCUGCUGGGAAACUUUGGGAAUGCCACAGCUACAGAAGAUAAGCAGGGAAAGGAGGAAGAGGCUUCUUAGAGACCCAACACAAAGACAAACAGGAGAAAUGAAGGCCCUGCGCUGAGGAGAUUGGGGCCAUUUUAUGCCUCCUGCAUAGACACGAAGCAGGAUGACUCAUACGUGCCCCCCACAUCCCCCAAAGUCUACAAUGUUAUGUGCAACACAGCUGGAUGCAGAGGUGCCUUGCAGGAUCCUGCCUCCCCUCUUGUUCUGAGAGGGAAAGACUCCUCCAAAUUGCCAACAGCUGCCUGGAAAAUUUCCAUUGCUGGUGUGAUUGUUGGGGCCCCUGACCUGAGAGUUCAUGUUCCCCCAGCAUGGUUUCAGUUAGGUUGGCAGGUGAACUAGCCCAGAUAUUUAUUUACUCAAUGCAAAAAGAACAAGGAGUCAUGGGACACAUUGAAGACCAACACAUUUUAUUAUGGCAUAUGCCUUCCUGGGCUGCAGCCCCUUCAUCCUAUGCAUGGAGUUGUGGGUAUAUCUAGACAUACACAUAGCUGUAGGGAGCGAACAUCGUCAGACACAUAUUAAACACAAGAAGUAUAGGCUGUAUCAAUUGUAUUAAAGGUUAACAGGGCACCUGAGAAGGGCGACAGCCAGAAGAAGAGGAUGAUGAGCUGAUGCCAACAUCUAAAGGCUGUGCCCAGCAGUGGCUUCUGGCUUUGACUGCAUCUUCCAGAAAGGGGUGGCAGCAGGAGGAGAGGAGAAAAACCCUCCCCUUCUCCUCCAACUGCCCCCCCUCUCCAGAAGACUAAAGACAAAGCUGGAAGCUGCUGUUUUACACAGCCUUCACAUCAUGUUGGCUUUGGGCUUCUCAUUCUCUGGUUGCCACCCCUUUCUGGCCUUGGCUCCCCAAUGUUGGCUGUGGGGCAGAUGGAGGGCAACUGCCCAGGUGCCCUCACCUCUGGCUGCACUGCCCAGCAUGGUGGUGAUGAGGACAUCCCUCCCUCUUCUUAGAGGACGUCCCUAUGCUCUGCAGAACUUGGCCAGCUUCAAGGCCCCUGCCCUGGGCAGGCUCAGCACCCUGAUCCCAUAAACAAGCUGUAUGGCAUCAGCAACAUCCUUAGCACACCCAUGGCUACAGCAACGUCUGCCUGCAGUUUUCUCACUGGCCUGCCCCUCCUAAAGGAAGGGAAGACUGUGUCUAGGUACCCCAAGCCCCUGGCGAAGCUGCCCAGCCAGCCUCCCAACUUGUGGCCUGUAUUUAUGCGGGGUUAAUCCUGGAGUGACCCUAGGCUCACCUGUCCAGGUAAGGUAGAUCCUGGCGAGGAAAAGGGGUGUGGGAGGUUAUAUGAAGGAGGGGAUAAUUGUUAUAAAGGGAAGGCGGGAUUCAUUUUAACUAACUCUGUAAUCCUGAUAAUUUCCGAGAGAGAGCCCGAGAUAGGGUAGAACAGCACACUGUCCAUGAGUGGAAAAUCUCUCUCCUUUAUUACUUGGCAAGUUGCACAGCUAAGUUCUGCUGCAGUAAACAGGUUCUAGCUUAGGACUCAUUGAAAUGGGAAAGGAGACAAGCUAAAAUUCAACUUGUCCAGUUGGAUUUAUCAGAUGUUGGUGAAUGCGGGGGCUAGGGGCCGGUUCCUUCCACUCUCCAUCUCCCAAGCCAGCAUUGCUUCCAGGAAGGUGCUGUUGAGGAAAGAAGGAAACUCAAAAGUUUUAAGGCAAGAGAGAGAGAGAGAGAGAGAAGUCCCCCCAAAGUGCCCCCUAAUAUAAAGCCCUCUCACUUGAAAUAUUUUCCCACACUCUUGGUUCUCUCUUUGGUAACACCCCUGAAUAAUUUUAGUCCUCUGUUCCACCAAUUCUGUAUGGGAAUAAUAAAUGCUAUACUGACCUAUGCAGGGCUGUUGAAAGGAUUUCUGAGAUAAUGUAUGUGAAAGCUAUGAAUGUAUUUUGUUUUUCCUGUCUCAUGCCUGACACUGGGGAUUUGGGGAUGGCACAACUAUUUGUCUUUAAUUUAAAGAGGAGAAAUGAUUUUGGAAUGAUCACGGCACAGGCAUUUUGAUUUUACUUUUUAAAAAUGGUUUUUGGUUGCUUGGUGCUGGUUUUUAUCUUUUCCUUUCUGUCCUUUAGGAUUCACAGCAGAAACCUAUGCAUGCUUACUCAGAAGUCUGUCUCAGUCUCACUAUAUUCAGUUGGGCUUACUCAUAGGUAAGGUGCAUAGGAUUGCAGAUUUAGCUGCAUUCCCAGGGUCUUGGUAAUCUCAGGAUUGAGUAUUGGAUGUACCUUAUCUCUGUCUGUACAUAUGUUAAUGUGUGUACACUGCAAGGCAUCAGCAAUGCAAAGGUGGUCAUUUUGCAUACUAGGCUACAAUGGCUGGUUUUGAACCGUAUAUUGUAAGACAAUGUUUUUUCCUACUAUAGCUUUUACAAUUUUUUUGUCAUUUCAUUUAUCUGUUGGAGAUAAAGGUAUUGUACAUUAUCCUUUCCCUUGCACAUUUUUUCCUCACGAACAAUCUGGUGACAUGGGGUAGGUUGAGAGGUUGCAAUUGGCUCAAAGUGACCUUGUGAACUUUACAAAGAAGCUGGAAUUUGAACCUGAAACCCGAGUGCAUUGCUGUGUGCAAUGGGUAGGGAGGGUGGGGAAAACACUGAGUUUGCACAAUGUUCCUUGAUGUCUGAACUGGAAUGCUAAAAACAGGUAAACUCAAGUUCUAGAGGGAACAAAACACUACAACUUGAUUUUUGUGGGCUUCGUUGUGUGUGGACUACAGAGUUGUGUUUAAAAGUCCAGAGCCUCCAAGUGUCCCUAUUUUCCAGGGACACCCCUGAUUUAGAGAAGCCGUUCCAGUUUCUGAUUUGAUCCUUGAAGUUGCACUUUUCCUUAGGAUGUCCCUAUUUUCAUUGGAUAAAUUUUGGAGGGUAUGGAGUUAUCCAACCCCCAAUCCACCUGAAUGCAAUCAGAGCCAUGCCCUGCUUUAUUUUCUUCGAUUCUCCAGAGGGGUGCAAAGUUGGGAGGAUUUGGGGGAACUCUAAGGGGAGCCUAGAUACAGCUGCCUAAGCCUCCUGCUUGGGGGUAAAUGCAGGGGUUCACCAGAUGGCUGACCUUGGAAAUAAUGGAUGGUGAAGUGCAAAUGCUGUGGUGAAAAUAUGUAUUUCUACAACAACACAAUUCUGGAGAAGAAAUGGACUUGGUGAAAGGAGAACAAUGAUUGAAAGGAUGCAUCCAGAUUUACACACCAGCAAGAUGAAAAGAAAGAAAUAAUACAGAGACAACAAGUAAUGAUUUAAGGUGGAGUGCAUAGCUGCCAAGUUUUCCCUUUUCUCGUGAGGAAGCCUAUUCAGCAUAAGGGAAAAUCCCUUUAAAAAAGGGAUAACUUGGCAGCUAUGGUGGAGUGGCAAAGGGCAGAGUAACCUCAUUUGUUUUGUUUUCAUUCUGUUUUGGUUUUUUUUAAAGGGAAUUGACAAAUAGAGGGAGGGAGACGGGGUAAGGGAGGACAAAAAUGUAAAUUUAAAAUAAUUUUGGAUUUAAGAUUAGAUUCCAUAAGAAAUGGAAUGUGAAUUGAAAAUAAAUAAUGUAACAUUAAAGCAGUAACUAGGGGAUAGGAGGAGCACAUUGACGAUAGAGAGUGGGAGGUAAAUUUAAUGGAAAAAUUGAAUUAAAUUUGAUGUAAUUAGGUACUGGUUUGUUAAAAAUUUGGAAAAUUAAUAAAAAAUAUUUGGGAAAAAAGAGUUCUCUUUCCCAAAGAAAUCCACUCCCCAAAGGCGCAAUACAAAGGUCAUAUCACAAAAAGGGGAAAUUUUAGCCCCUGACCUGUCAAAGUGUCUCUUUCACCUUUGGGGCCAACAUUAGUAUAUCUCUUUGCUAUUACAAUUACCGUAGUGUCUGUUCACAUAGUCCUUUAUUUAUGAGUAGAUAGCCCUCUUUAGGUCUUUUGGUAGGUCUAGUAUUGCCAAUUGACAGAUUGCUGGAAAGGUCAAGCAUGUGCUGUCACACACAGGGGAUUGUGGCUGCCCCUGAUCUGACCACCUCAGCCACUCAGCACUACUUUGUCUAUGUCCCUUGUUUUGGCUUCCAUUUACUAGCAAACCAUUUUAUUCAAACAUUUACAGUGUUUCUCAUUCCUAAAAUAGUUGAUAGGCCUUAAUUAAUAUUAUUAAUUAUGUGGGGGGUUAUUGGGAUGGGUUAUUGAUUUAUAUUUUGUUCCUGUUCUUGUGAUGUAUUUUGUGCUUUUAUAUUGCAUUUUUAUGUAGUCAGCGCCCUGAGAUCUGUGGAUUAAGGGCAGUAUACACCUUUAAUAAAUACAUUUAAUAAUACUAACUUCCACAAGGUGCGUGUCUCUGCUUUUCC